ACUGAAGUGGGGAAAAUUGGGUAUCACCCACAUUGUCGUUUCUUUUGGGUGGGACCUAGUUGCAACGUUUUAAUAAACAAGCCAGCCAUGGAUAAUUCCGGAUCCAAUGCCGAAUUACAAGCACAGUUCUCUUCGGAUCCUCGUAUGAAGCUCAAUGAAGACACAGGCAAAUGGUCUUAUGUAGGCGACGACGGCAUGACCUACGAAUACGAAGAAUCCGUCGGCGCCUGGUUCCCAGCAGUAACUAUUUUCAUUUAUGCAUUGUUGCCACUCCUUCUCGCUUUUUUCCACGCAUCACUCAAAUCGACAAUGUAGUUUAGCGAAGAAAUGAUUAAAAAGCAACAAUUGGCUUAUGCAGUGGAAGGCGUCGACGAAUCGGAACCUGCCGUGGCUCCGCGCCAAAAGAAGAAACGAGUCUACACAUUCAACGAGAAUGAGAAUGACAGCAAGAAGCAAAAGCGCGAACCUCCAAAGAAACCCAUUACUUCUGUUUAUGUGUCGAAUAUACCGAUGGAUACAACGGUGGAGGAGAUGAAGGACCGAUUUUCAAAGUGUGGUGUUAUUAUGGAGGAUUUGGAGACGGGUGAACCCAAGAUCAAAAUUUAUCGGGAUGCUGAAGGCCAUCCCAAAGGCGAUGCACUCGUUACCUUCUUCAAGGAGGAAUCGGUCCCACUGGCCAUCGAACUGUUGGACGAUGCCGAGCUUCGCUUGGGUGAUCCUUCCACUAAAAUUAAUGUACAAGAAGCCGUUUUCAAGGAGAAACAAAACGUCGGUCAGACCAAUGGCAAACCGGCUCCAAAGACAAAAGUCAAGAAGAAACUACAUCAAUUACAGAGGAAACUUGAUUGGGUCGAUAAUGAAGAAGGAAAAAAGACGGAAAAAUUUGCAAAAAUUGUCAUCCUCAAAAACAUGUACACACACGAGGAAUUGGAUGAGGAUCCGGCUUUGAUGCUUGAAUUAAAAGAAGACGUACGAGAGGAAUGUGAAAAACUGGGUGAAGUGACCAACGUUGUCCUGUAUGAUGUAUGUAACUCAAUCGUUUGCCCGGUUAUGGCAUGCUAACAGCAAUGAUAGAAAACACCAGGUGGCAUUAUUUC